CCGAUACAGCAAUUAGCAACAUUAGAAAAGAAAGCAGUUUGGAUGAGAAGAGGAUGCCAUUGCAGAACUUGACCAAACCUCAACGCUAUGAGACCACCGUACCUCUUCUUCUGAAAGGAAAGGAGCGGAGACCUCUGAGCCAGCUUAACAACAGGGGCUAUCCUUCAUCGCUGCAGCUGUUGGUGGAGGUGGAAGGGGAACAGCUGAUUCUGUCGCUGGUUAAGAAUGAGGGACUGUUCGCGAGUCAUUACACAGAGACACAUUACGGGGCGGAUGGAAGCGCAGUCACGGGCGCUCACAACUUUACGAAUAACUGCUACUAUCAUGGAGAGGUGCAGGGCCAGACGGACUCAGAUGUCACCGUUAGCGUUUGCUCGGGUCUUCUUCGGGGCUUCAUCUCACUUCAGAACAGAACAUUUAUCAUUGAGCCUGCGCCGGGCCCCCACACCUCAGACCACUUCAUCUACAGAGGAGAGGAGCUCACGCUGUCUGCUGGGUCCUGUGGUCACCUCUACAAUGUGUCCAAUAUGUCCUCCUCUCCACCCCCGGACCCCAUCGCAAACCCCUUCCAAUCCUUCCACUCUAGGCACAAACGUCACGCCCAGAAAACCACCAAGUACGUGGAGCUGAUCAUUGUGGCUGACAACAGAGAGUUUCAGAAGCAAGGGAAAGAUGUGGAGAGAGUGAAGCAACGACUGGUGGAGAUAGCCAAUUAUGUAGACAAGUUCUACCGGGCCCUGAACAUCCGUGUGGCUCUGGUGGGUCUGGAGGUGUGGAGCGAUGCUGAUAAAUGUCCCAUCACCCAGGAUCCCUUCACCACUCUGCAUGAGUUCCUAGACUGGAGGAAAGUCAAGCUCCUGCCACAGAGGCCUCAUGACAACGCACAGCUCAUCAGUGGGGUCUAUUUUCAGGGCACUACCAUCGGCAUGGCACCCAUCAUGAGCAUGUGUACGGUGGAACAAUCUGGAGGGAUUGUGAUGGAUCACUCGGAGAAUCCUCUUGGCGCAGCAGUGACUUUGGCUCAUGAGCUUGGGCACAACUUUGGGAUGAACCAUGAUACCCCAGAGCGAGGCUGUGGCUGUAGGAUGACCGUGGACCGAGGAGGCUGCAUCAUGACCCCAUCCACAGGGUAUCCGUUCCCCACCGUGUUCAGUACAUGUAGUAAGAAGGACUUGGCUGCCAGUCUGGAGAAGGGCGUGGGGAUGUGCCUGUACAAUAUGCCCGAGGUCAAAGUGCUCUACGGGGGACAGAAGUGUGGCAAUGGCUACGUGGAAGAAGGGGAGGAAUGUGACUGCGGAGAGCCAGAGGAGUGUAUGAAUCCUUGCUGUAAUGCCACAACAUGCACUUUAAAGGGAGACGCUGUGUGUGCCCAUGGACAGUGCUGUGAAGACUGCAUGCUCAAACCGGCUGGGACGCUGUGUCGAGAGUCGAGUAACUCAUGUGACCUCUCAGAGUUCUGCACUGGAGCCAGCCCCCACUGCCCCGCUAAUGUUUACCUACACGACGGACACUCCUGCCAUGAUGUGGAGGGAUACUGCUACAAUGGCAUCUGUCAAACUCAUGAGCAGCAGUGUAUUACUCUAUGGGGACCAGGAGCCAAGCCUGCUCCGGGGAUCUGCUUUGAGAGAGUCAACUCCGCUGGAGACCCUUAUGGGAACUGCGGGAAGGAUUCCAAAGGCUCGUUCGCCAAAUGUGAAGCGAGAGAUGCCAAAUGCGGUAAAAUCCAGUGCCAGGGAGGAGCCAAUCGUCCUGUAAUUGGGACCAACGCGGUCUCCAUUGAAACCAACAUCCCGCUGCAGGAGGGGGGCAGGAUUCUGUGCCGGGGGACUCAUGUGUACCUCGGGGACGAUAUGCCAGACCCUGGACUGGUCCUUGCCGGGACAAAGUGUGGAGAUGGGAUGGUGUGUCUGAACCGUCAGUGCCAGAAUGUGAGUGUGUUUGGCGUGCACGACUGCUCCGGAAAGUGCAACGGACGUGGGGUGUGCAACAAUAAGAAGAACUGUCACUGUGAAGCGCACUGGGCUCCUCCCUUCUGUGAAAAGGCAGGGUUUGGAGGGAGCGUUGAUAGUGGACCAAUGAGGCUGGCAGAUGUGCGUGUGUGUGUAUUAAUGUGCGUGUUGUCAUAUGUGGCAUCAGCGGACAGUGUGAUCAUCACUGUGGCCAUCCUGGUCACUCUGCUCAGCCUCGCGCUCGUCACCGCCAUCGUCUUCAUCAAGAGGAAGACUCUGCUGCGCCUGCUAUUCGCCAACAAGAAGAGCACUUUAGAGAAACUCAGAUCUAUGGAAACUGGCAGACCAAUUAGCCCCAUCAGGUCCCAGUCCUUGUACAGACCUACAGCUCUACGCAAACCUCCACCCAAACCAUCUACCACUAAUAUAUAUAAGCCUUCCUUUCCUGGUGCAGAGCCUCUCCUGGCCGCUCACAGUUUUCACCCCCACAGCCUGCGCAGACUGCCCCUGUACCAGCCUCUGCACAUCAGUCAGCCCAUGCCCCUUUCUCUGAGUGUUGGACAGCCCUCUCUGCCCCAUCCGCCCCCCCACCACCACCUGCUUCCCGUCCACACUUCCACGCUCUCGCCAUCCAGAGCGCCAGCCUUUCACACACUACCACGCCAGCAGUCUUAUAUGGUGGAUCAGGAGUUCGAGAAGCCCAGCCCCCCUCAGAAGCCCCUUCCUGCAGACCCCGUGCUGAGGAUGUCCCGUCGUUUCAACACUCUGUCUGAAGGGGGCAGCAGAGGCCACAACACUGCGCCCAGGCCCAUCCCAAUACCCACUGUGCCCAGACCUCCCCCCACCAUCCCUCUACCCAGCAGGCCUGUCCCAGCUCUGCCCUACAGACCACCAAAGAACACGGACUCCUGAACGUUUUUAUAUAGAUGCGCUGAUUUCCACACAGACUAUGGUUUGCACUAAAGACACUAAAGAGGAGAGCUUUCAUGUUGAAAGUGAAACAAAAAGGGGAGUGACUGACCGCUUUUGGUGCUACGCCUCUGUACGGCGCUCUGUCCUCACUCAGGUACCAAUGAACUAUUUAAGUAUUUAUUAUUGAACUGCAACAUUGUUCCUUUGUUUUAGUAUUGAUGUUUUCUACUUUUUUCUUAGUGACUCUGCUUAUGAUGUUUUAUAAGCAAUGAUGUGAAAAUAUAAUGAUGUAGGCAUAAAGGGAAAUGCAGCACAACCUUAAUCUGAACUUUUGUAUUGACUUAUUCAUGCUCUCCAGAUUCUGUUACUGUGUAAAAGUAUUCUGUUCAAAUAUUGCUACCAUCUGGUGAUUAAAAUAACAAUAACAAAGGGUCAAACUGGGUUUCGCGAGGCACUAGGUCAAGGCUAUGGGUUGUGAGAUGACUUGAAGAAACAAUAACACUGUAUUUAAUUUAAAAUAGAAUGAAUUUGUAAAAUAUGUAAUAACUCAAAUACUACAAUUGAACCAGAUUUCUACUUGAAAUUACAUGAGAGGUGAAGUUUGCUGCUGGGGUCCUGUGUUGGAGUUAUUUUGGGGUCUCAAUAUAAAAAAUAUGGAAACUCCUGGUCUGUAUGACAGGUGUUAAAGUGACAGAGGUGCUAUGUGUCCCAAAUACUGUACAUGUUCUUUAAUAAUAAUAACAAUGCAUUAGUCUCUUUGCAAUUUGGUGCAUUAUUCAUUCACUGUGGCCAGUCUGCACCAUCGGCCCCCCAACCACCACCAACACUCACGCUCACGCCACUUUCAUCCUAACGUUACACUAUCGUGAAGGUGAACUCUGCUGCCUCAUGAUAAAGAAAAGCUGCUCUGUGCUACGAUGAAGUUCUGUUAAAUGUAGUGAUAUAGACAGCUCCGGUAUUUCUAGUCAUAGCACUCUUGAGACCUAUUGUGG